CUGUGAAAUUUCCAGCACAGACUCUAUUACUGUUGGCGGGCAUCCAACCUUUCGUCUCUCUCUACCCUCCAGGACUCCAUGAUGGAUGUCCAAAGUGUUUCAUUGGUCCUCGACGUAUUGAACACGCCCCUGAAAACCGCCCCUAGGUAUCCAAGCGUGGAAGCCGACUUCAGUCAGUUGAUGUGGCGCGAUGGAAUCGGACCGUUGUGAAGACACCUCGGCCAUGCUUAACUACGGCCUGGAUGUGAAACCCACGAGGAUGGUCGCCAGCCCCGGAACCGGACCCAGGCACACCAUCGACAACAUACUCGGACUCGUCCGGAAGGACGAGGGCGACCGCGACCGCGCCGCGACUCCCGGAAACACCGAAAGCGCAGGCGAAGGAAGUUGCAACUCAAACGACGGUGUCUCUGAGCUUCGAUACGGGAAAAUAUCGGGUCCUGUAGGAAGCGGUUCUGAAGAUGAAGGAACAGUCAAUAAUUCCGGUUUAUCAGAGGGAGACGGAUGCAAGAAAAAGCACAGGAGAAACAGGACCACGUUUACAACAUAUCAACUACACGAACUAGAACGCGCCUUUGAAAAAAGUCAUUAUCCUGACGUUUACAGCAGAGAAGAACUUGCCAUGAAAGUCAACCUGCCGGAAGUCAGAGUACAGGUAUGGUUCCAGAACCGCCGCGCCAAGUGGCGGCGCCAGGAGAAGAUGGAGGCGGCGAGGCUGGGCCUGAGUGAGUACCACGCCGUCUCCUCCUUGUCCCGGGCCACCGGCUCGACCCUGGCUCUGCCCAUGGACCCCUGGCUGUCGCCGCCGCUGCUGUCCGCCCUGCCGGGGUUCCUCAGCCACCCCCAGACGGGGUACCCCAGCUACCUCACGUCGCCCAUCGCGACAGACCCCAGCAGACCCCCGCCCGUCGCGCACUCGCACUCGCCCACCGUCACCCCCGACCUCAGAACUACCUCAAUAGCGGCGCUGCGUCUCAAAGCCAAGGAGCAUGUGGAGAACAUCACCAAAGGACUGCAAAUGGUGUAGGUGCGGUUCCAGUGACAAUCAUUUUGUACAUAUCUGUGUUGCGUUCACUGUAAAUAUCAAUGUGUAUAUUUUGUCUCAAUUAUUGUGAAUAUUUAUUAUAGUUGUUGGACUUUUUGUGAUCGAGUGUUAAGGUUUAUUUUGCAAUUGCCACCAGUGACUGUUUAGUCCAGUCAACGAACCCUCAAAAAAAUAAUUUUGGACUUCAGGUUUGUGUUUGGCCUUAUACCAGAAGUACCAGGUUCUACGUGUUGAGUACCAAAACGGUGCCGUUUUCUGGUUCUUAGUUUCUAUCUCGAAAAUAAAACGUAUUGCGAUAAAAUUACUAAUGAAUAAUGUAAAAAGGUAACAAAACUUUCCACAAGACUGUGAUUAUUAGUUUCUCUGUAUUUUAAACAGUUUGUAAGAUCGUACUUUAAAAAAAUUCGAGUACUUUUUUUGUUGUGUUGUUAUUAAAUAAGUAUAACAAUUUAUUUCUUACUAAUUCACUAAAGUCAAAUUUUGUCUAAGAAACUGUAACCAUAAUGAGGGUGAUUUUCCCUUGCGGGAGUUAUAGAAGUGAAUUAUACAUCCUUAAUUUCUUCCAAUCUUCAAUCAUUUAUCUCAUUGUUUCUUGUGCAUUGUUUCAGACUUUGCCGAAAUCAAAACGUAACCUGUUUUUUUGUUUAUUUUGCAAUUCGUCCAAGAUUUUACUUUUUAACUUCCUUUUAUAAAGCAACAAUUUUUUUAUGAAAAAAAGCGGCUCUCGCGACCGUAUCUCUUUGGUAUAUCAAUAACUAGAAUAAAGUAUUUUUAAAAACACGCCAAGUACCAUAGCGAUUUAAAAAUAUUGUGCGAAUUUUAGUAAAUUAAAACAAAAUUAGUGUAAAAAGUAAAUCAGUAAAUCAAUUUAUUAAAUAAAUUUGCAUCGUUUUUAAGACGAACGGGCUAAAUUUCAAAACACAAAUUAAAAAGGGGUUUUCGACAGCUUUUUUCAAGGGGCUGUAGUUAGAUUUUCCAAGAGAUUUUUUUGGAUAUAGAUCUAUAAAUUUUUUUUAACCUAAAAAACCACUUCUUAAAAUCAUUUGCGCUAUCGAUUUUUGUUAAUAAAAAAAACUUAUUCUCCAACUUGGUUUGCAACAAUUAAGUAUUAUUCGAUUAUUUAACAGUACAUAAGAGACACAAGAAUCGCGUUUUUUUAUUUUUGUAAUGGAUGAUUUAGUGCAAACUAAGAAAAAAACGAAACUUUAUAAUUUGAUUUGAGUAAGUAUGAUAAUUAUCGUUUUCACAAAAAUUGAAAAAUAUAUCACAUGGUACAACAUAUAGUUUUGGAAACAGAUAAAACAGAGUUUAUUCGCACAAAAAUGCAAUGUUUGUCAGUGGAUAUCUGAGAAAUUAUUUGAGAUUAAAAAUCAAGAGGACUAUUUUUUAAAUAAUUGUACUAACUUUAAAUUUGUUUUUUGCUAGUUUUGUUACUUUGUAGGACCGAAAACUCUUAGUACUUCUAGUUUCUAACUAGCCUAAACACAGCCCUGAAAUAAAAAAUUCCUUCCCUCCCGGGCAUACUACAAAUUGUUCGUUGACUGGCUAUUUAGGUUUUUAUGUACUUAAAUGGCGAUUAAGUUUAGGUUAAUUUAUGAGAUUUAGACCAAAACCUAGUUUAAUUUAAUUGGAAGCGAAUGCAAUAAGUUUGGUCUAAAUUUCGCCCGGCGCAUCCACCAUUUUUGCGUGGCUGCCUGUUUUAGACGGUAGUAAUUUCGCAAUGAUUGAUUAUGAUUACUUAACUACAUAAUUGUUUCCUUUAGAGCUGUGAAUUUUUGUAAAUAAAGCACAAUAAAUUAUAUUACUUAAACGAUAUAA